UUAUGGUCAAAUUUCGUGGAACGGACACAAAUUAACGGAGUACCCGGCCAAGCAGUGUGGAAAAUUGAACUCAUGCGGCGUAACCAUCGAGUGGAACCGAUGGAUGCCUUUCUCCAGGCCUCUUGGAGGCGCUGUGUGACAGAGCAGCGCUCAAUGGCGAUCCCGAGCGAUGAUUUGAACUCUUUUAGUAGAGAAAUACAAUACGUAUCACGUACAAAAUUGACUUCGUCGUAGCGUUAUUAAGUAACAUGAGCGCUUAUUAAAGGCAUGACAAACAGAAAGAAGCAGAAGGGUUCGGACACGGCGGUGCAAGGGACCAACGACAGCAGCGUGGUAAGUAAAGUGUCUGCUGCAGCUCAGGGUUACUUCCAUGACUUGUUCCUUCAGCACUUCGUGUGCAAAGUGGCGAGGAGAGCUCCACUCAUCAACAGGGGCUACUAUGUGCGCUGGAAGGCAGUGGACCACUGUUUGCGGUCAUUCCUGAAAGUCACGCAACAGUGUGCCAAGAGACAGAUUUUGUCUCUGGGCGCCGGAUUUGACUCGCUGUAUUUCCGUCUGUACGCAGACUCGGCACUUGACCGGGCAGUUGUUUUCGAAAUGGAUUUCCCGGAGGUGACUCGGCGAAAGGCUGCACUGAUCCGGUCCAAUGUGUCACUGUCAGAAUUGUUAGACUUGCAGCCUGAACAUUCUCCGACCGGGCCUGUGUAUGUGUCUAGCAGUCAGUACAAGCUGAUUGGGGUGGAUGUGCGAAAUGAAGCCCAAGUUGAAGAAGCCCUGGGAAUGGCGGGACUGGAUCUGACUGCCCCCACUCUGAUUCUUUCCGAAGUUGUUCUCACUUACAUGGAAACGCAACAGUCAGAUGACAUCAUUAGUUGGGCAGCGAGGCGUUUUCCUCAGUCUCUCUUUGUGAUAUACGAGCAGAUCCAUCCCCAAGAUCCAUUUGGUCGCAUCAUGCAGGAGCAUUUCCACAAACUGAAUUCCACUCUGCAUGCACUCCGAAAGUAUCCCGACUCCGAUGCACAAAAAAAGAGGUUCCUUGACAAGGGAUGGGAUCAAUGUGUGUGUGUGAAUAUGAACGAGUUCUUCCUUGGAUUUAUUGGUGAUGACGAAAGAUGCCGAGUAGAACGUUUGGAGCCUUUUGAUGAGUAUGAGGAGUGGCACCAGAAAUGCUCACACUACUUUAUCCUAACAGCAUCUCAAGGUUCUCUCACAGCGCAAUCGCUGCUCGCUCACCCUACAGUGCCACUCCAGCACCAGUCUCGGAACCUGUCAGACCUCAUUGUCAAAACACAGCCAGUUCUCGUGGAGGGUCUCGGGAUGGCUUCAACAAUGUUGGACGGAGGGCGCAUCCUCCUCACCGGUGGCUCUUGCAGAACCAGCCGAGGGGCUCCGAGUCGAGUCCUGCUCAAAGGCAGUGAAGGCUGGAGAUCUGCCCAUGUAGAAUCCUCAGCUCAUUUGAGUGUUCGCCUGUACCACACUGCUACUUCUGUUCCUGGGGGAGUCACUUUAAUAUACGGCGGACGCUCUUCUCCAUUAAACCCAGUCAAGGGCCUUCUUAAAGUCAACCUCAAUGUUAAGGACACAUCGGGUCCUGACAAUGUAAUUGAACUUCAUGCGGAGGAAACGGUGUGUACAGGUUCUCAUCCACCACUUAGAUGGAGACAUUCUGCUACGCUGGUCUCACAUAAAGGAAAAAACUACUUGUUUGUCUUUGGUGGCAAAAAUGAAUCUGAAUCAGUUUUGGAUAGCGGUUACUUCCUGGAUCUGGAUAUGCAGCACUGGACUGAGCUGGCAGUAGAGGGUGAAGCGCCAGAGGCCCGCCAUUCCCAUUCUGCAUGUUCGUACAAGGGAGGCCUGGUUCUCUUCGGAGGACACGGAAGAAGAGGGGAGCCACUUGGAGACAUAGUGGUGAUGAAGCCCAACGAGAGAAGCUUCUGCUGGGAGAAAAUUGACACUCAUCCUCCUCUUUGUCCCAGAUAUUCCCAUGAUGCCCAUGUGAUUGGCGAUCACCUGAUUGUAGUGGGCGGAGUUUGGCUGCAUUCAGACAGUGUGCCGGGAGUGGCCAUUGUCAACCUUUCCACGCGAUGCAGCAUCGAGUUCAGUCUGGACACGACCUCAGUGCCUUGGCCUCUGAUGUUGCACUCGUUCUGCUCCGAGUUGAUGGUCCAGAAAGAAGCGGAGCUGAUCCUGAUUGGUGGUGGAGGGAAUUGUUUCUCCUUUGGAACACAUUUCAACCCUCAAAUUGUCACGGUGGACCUUGGCCCAGUACUAACAUGAAAAUCACUAACUUUGAGGUGAUUAAUUUAACCCAACAAAAGCUCGUCAUCUAAUUUAGUAUUUUGAAGAUCAAUCUUUAAUGUUUGCCAAAAUAUACUGAGAAUCAUCACAAUCAGUGAUAGCUUGCUGAUUUUUGAGUUUGCUUUUAUUUUGUCUACGGCAAUUCCAAAUGUUGUCAUUUCCUUAUCAUGGAUCAUAGCCUUACUGUUUCAUAAAGCCUGAGUUUGGGUUUUAAACACUGUUUUUUUUUUUUGUUUUGUUUUUUUAUUUCGGAUUUUAAACCCAGUUUAGCAUUUCAAAGUAGGAUUUAAACAAGGAUUAGGGUUUUAAUAGGCAUUUCAAGGAGGCUUUAAGGCAGGGGUCCCCAAAUCCGGACCUCGAUCCCAACUAUCCUGUCUUGUUUUUCAUGGCAGCAUUUCAAAAAACAGUUUGUGAUCAAGUCAACAACGAUGGUCACUUCAGAGCUGUUUAUAUCCCACAAUGCAUUGGAGUGGUGCACAGAAAAUAUGUCUAUGCGGUGGUGAUAAUGAAGCUCAAACACCGUUGGCUGCUUACUAUUUACCACCGAAGAAGAAGAAAAUGCAUUAAAGAGCUAGCACGGUGUUUGAAUGUUAUACUAAACUACCUUGCAAAUUGUAAAAUUCAUCAUUGUUUUAAAAAAAAAAAACAAGAAAAACUGUCUGGCGGUUAUGGCAGAACAUAUGGAAUCACAGGAGUGCCCAAAAAUGAAUAAAUAAAUAUAAAGAGAAAUAAAUGAAUAAAUAAAUGGAAAAUAUAAAAGUAUAUUUUGUUAUUGACUUUCACUUUGUCAUUAAAAAAUAACAAGGAAAAAACUAACAAUUUUUGUCAUUGACUUUUCUAUUUCGCUUGUCUUUUCUAUUUUGCUUUUAACGAAAAGAAUGGUCUAUCAGUCAAACAUUUGGGAGGGAUUGAACCUAAAACUAAUUUUAACUAAACUUAAAGUAGGUUAAAUGUAUUUAAACAACAAACCUGUCUACAAAUUACAAGGUAAAUACAAAUAAAUAAUGAAUUGCCCAAAUAAAAUUUGAUACAAAACAAAUAAUUCUGAUAAUUCCCAGGUACCGACGUAUUGACAUCAAGCGUGGAGUACGUCUCCGUCUUAUUAACAUGAGUCGCCGUAUAUUUUGUGUGAUUUGGAAUAAUGGCGCCACCAAGGGGGGCCAGGGCUGGCCACCUCACUGGUCACCCCACUCGCCAGUAUAAUGUCAGAAUGUAGUAGCUGCAGAACUCAAAAUGUUGACUGGACUAUUAUGGACUAUGCACAUUAAAUCAUUAGUAACAUGAAAUAUAAAACAAUCAACCAACGUAUAUGAGUAGGCGUGUCCUGAAGUCCGACAUAUUUCUACUGGCCUGUUUACUCCAACAACAUGAUAAAAACCUGAAAUUAGGGCUUUUAUUUUUUUUGGUGUGCCACCGCAAGAUUUAAAGUGGCCCCAUUUGGCCACCCCAAUGAAACAUUUCUGGAGGCGCCACUGAUUUGCAAUAUGCAGUAUAGCGCCACUUCAACAACGUGGUUGAUCCAUGAUUGUCUGGCCUGUGAGUGCACAAAAGCCACUGUGUUCCAUUUACGUCUUUCACUCCCCUGCCACCCAUUUUCCCUCCACCCUCCAAGUGCCCUCAGUGUGAUGUCAUAGCAAGUCCCUAGAGCAACUGAGUGAGGGUAACUCAAACUGUUAUUGAAACACAGCCAUGGGCUGUAGACUAGAUUUUGGACUGUUUUUCCUCCAAUUUACAUGCUUUACUCCAUUUCUUUCAACUGCUAGUCCUCUAUCUAACAGGAGGAGAAACUGGUUUGGUUAGUGGAAGGUUGACUAGCUCUUGGUAUGUGGAAG